CUGUAACAUAAAUUCGGUUUCUCGAACAAAUAGAUAUCACGCCGUCCCUUUUAUUCACAGUCCACAACACACAGCAAUCACUCGACGAAUACGAUGAAAUUCACAAUGACGAGCGCUCCCGUAUUGGUGCUGUUGGCGGCAUCAACCGGCGAAUCAUUUCUGUUGUCCCCGUCCGUCGCUGCCGCGUCUCGGUCAAUCUCUGCGCUGCCAGCAACCAUUGAAAAGAUUACUUCUUCGUCGUUGGUUCCUCCCAAGUCCAUUGACGACAUGAUGAAGACCUCGGAAACGGCGGACCUUUACGAUCUCAAUGUCCAAAAGACCUAUGGACGCUACCCGUUGACGAUUCGGAACGGUAAAGGCUGCAAGCUCUACACCACGGACGGCAAAGAAUACCUCGAUUGCGUUGCCGGUAUUGCGACCUGCGCUUUGGGACACGCCAACGAUUAUCUCACGAACGCCAUUGUUCAGCAAAUGAACUCCGUUCAUCAUGUUUCCAAUCUUUACCUCAUCCCCUCCCAGGCCGCCCUCGCGCACUGGCUCUGCGACAACUCCGUCGCCGAAAAGGUCUUUUUCUGCAACAGCGGAGCCGAAGCCAACGAAGCUGCCAUUAAAUGUGCACGACGACACGCCAGUAACCGUGGAAUUACCAAGCCGGUCAUUAUUACGGCCAAAGACUCUUUUCACGGACGCACACUCGCCGCACUCACCGCAACGGCACAGCCCAAGUACCACAAGGGAUUCGGGUACGACGGACAAAUGGUCCAAGGCUUCAAGUACAUUACCUACAACAGCGUUGACGAACUCCGGGCAGCAGUUCAGGAAGUGCAAGAGUCCGGACAAGGAUUGGCUGCCAUUAUGAUGGAAGCUUUGCAGGGAGAAGGUGGUAUUAUUGCCGGAGACGAGGAAUUCUUCCGUACCAUUCGAGAAAUAUGCGACGAAACUGGUGCCCUUAUGAUGUGCGACGAAGUCCAGGUCGGCAUGGGGCGCUCCGGAAGAUUAUGGGGAUACGAAAACCUGGGGGUUGAACCGGACAUCUUCACUUCCGCCAAGGCCUUGGGUGGUGGCGUUCCGAUCGGCGCCAUGAUGGCCCGCGGGGACGCCGCCAACGUCUUUGGCCCCGGUGAUCACGCCAGCACCUACGGUGGUAACCCCUUGGCCUGCAGUGCGGGCCUAGCCGUCGCCUCGUACAUGUGCGAGCAUAAUUUGCUCACCAACGUAAAGGAACGAGGUACUCAACUCGAAGCGGGUUUGCAAGCCGUGGCCGAAAAGUACCCUGACACGCUUGGGGCCGUUCGCGGAUGGGGACUCAUGCGAGGUGUCGUCGUGACGGAUUCCUCCAUUCCGCCUGGCGUUAUCGUCCAAGCAGCCAUGGAUGAAGGUUUGCUCUUAGUGGCGGCGGGUAGCAACGUAGUGCGAUUCGUGCCACCAUUGAUUAUCAGUGCGGACGAAAUCGACGCGGCCAUGGCCAUGUUCGAAGCCGCCGUGGCCAAGGUAGUUGCUAAGAACAAGGACGCCAAGCCCUAGACUCGGGAGCAAGGAACAAGAACGAAUCGGCGUUGAUUCCGUCCAGUAAUCAGUACUUUGCUUGAAAUUUCACAUUUUUCAAUUAUCUUAACAUUAGACCAAUCCAUCUCCCC